GGGAUAGGAGCUCCGGAGAGAGAGAGAGAGAGAGAGAGCGAGAGAGAGAGUCGGACCGGAGGAGGAGAGAUAGAGAUACGGGGAACGGGACGAAAAUAACUGUUCGUCGGUUUUUAAACGCGGGGAAAAAACACUUCUCCGUUGCCCACGGUGGGUCGGGAGACACAGAGAAACCGUGAAACCGGGAGAGGCGGAGGGGGCAGGCGACUUUCUCUCAAGUUGAAGCCAGAAUUUCGCUCGUCAAGUGCCGGAGGAAGAGGCGGCAGCGACCGUGUUUUGGACUUGUCAGGCGAGGGAGAGGGGAAGCACGAGCUCGGGAGCGUGCGUGGCCGAGAGCUCGCGGAUGAUAUGAGCAAAAGUUGAAGUUUGUCGUCGCGGCAGUCGGUAAAUGUUGUGACAUUUGAGGACAGACGUGAAUUUGCUCCAGCGGUCGACGGUCGAGUGGCGGGGUAAAAACCCGAGCUGUCAAACCCGAUGACUACUGCAAACUGCCCCGGGAAUGAGGAGCUGGAGUUCAGACUGAUCUUCGGGGAGGACGGGCAGCAGCAACCGCUAGGCCCCGCAGAUCUGGAGCCUGAUGACAACACAUCGUUCUACAUCCUAAAUGUGGGCCAGUCCCAGUCUAUGGUCACCAACCACCAGUCUAUUGGCCUUCCUCGUCAUGGCAUGCAGUCACACUCCCACGUCAUCAACACUUCACCACGCCUUCAGUCGCACAAACUGGGAUCUGAGCCCCCCAGUUAUGAGGCACACGACUCCAAAUAUGGCACAUCCCCCUUACUGCCCUCUGUUCCUGUGGAGGCACCGAAGGCCUUUGAGUGCCCCAGCAUUCAGAUCACCUCCAUCUCCCCAAGCUGCCAGCAGGAGAUGGAUGCCAGUGAGGACGACCUAAGGGCCAACGGUCCUGAUGGGGACUACCACGGCGACAGGCCCUUGUCCAGAGACCACCUGUAUUUGCCGCUGGACCACUCGUACCGGGACUCUUCGCUCAGCCCAAGUCCAUGCAGCAGCCUCUCCUCCAGGAGCUGGUUCUCUGAUGCUUCCUCUUGUGAAUCAUUCUCACAUGUCUAUGAUGAUGUUGACUCAGAGCUGAACGAAGCAGCUGCCCGGUUCACGCUGGGCUCCCCUCUUACUUCCCCAGGUUGCGUCUCGCCUCAAACCGGUGGCGGCGUUUUGGAGGAGCAGCCCCACUGGCAGCACCACCACCCUCCGUUUGUGCACCACUCCCACUCCAUCAGCCUGUCUCCCAGACAGUCCCCCUGCCAUUCCCCUCGCACCAGUGUCACUGAUGAAAAUUGGCUUAGUCCGCGCCCCCCCUCCAGGCCUUCCUCGCGUCCCACGUCGCCCUGUGGGAAGAGGCGGCACUCUAGCGCUGACAUCUGCUAUCCCGGCUCAUUGUCUCCUCAUCACUCACCCUCACCUACGCCGGGACCUUCACCUAGAGGCAGCGUGACGGAGGACACUUGGGUUGGCAGUCCCUCUGUGGGCAUGUCGCCCUUUCAGUGCUGCCCAUCUGAGGCAGAUAUCCCCUCCAAGACGAGGAAGACAUCGCAGGACAGAACAGCUAUGCAGACUGGGAAAGGGGAGCUGGUGCUCGACGACCAAGGAAAUAUGUCUCCUAAACUAGACUCUCCUUCAGAUGAGACCAUGCACGGUCUGAAGAAGGACGGGCCUGUGGAACAGUUCCUCUCAGUUCCCUCCCACUUCUCGUGGAAUAAGCCGAAGCCUGGUCAUACACCUAUAUUCAGGACUUCCUCUCUGCCUCCUCUAGAUUGGCCACUGCCGAGCCAGUUUGGCCAGCAUGAACUGAAGAUAGAAGUGCAACCCAAAGCCCACCACAGGGCGCACUAUGAGACGGAGGGCAGCCGAGGAGCCGUCAAAGCUGCGUCUGGUGGCCAUCCAAUCGUGAAGCUCGUUGGCUACAGCGAGAAGCCUGUCAAUCUACAGAUGUUCAUCGGAACGGCAGAUGACCGGUACCUGAGGCCACACGCUUUCUACCAGGUGCACCGGAUCACGGGGAAAACUGUGGCCACGGCCAGCCAAGAAAUUCUGGUCUCCAGCACCAAAGUCCUCGAAAUUCCACUCCUUCCCGAAAACAACAUGUCAGCCAGUAUUGACUGUGCCGGGAUUCUUAAGCUGCGGAACUCAGACAUCGAGCUGCGUAAGGGGGAGACGGACAUAGGAAGGAAGAACACGCGGGUCCGCGUGGUGUUCAGAGUGCACAUCCCUCAACCCAACGGGAAGGUGCUGUCGCUGCAGGCCGCCUCCAUUCCUGUGGAGUGCUCCCAGCGUUCGGCUCAAGAACUGCCCCAAGUUGAGAAAUCCAGCCUGACCAGCUGUCUGGUCAGUGGGGGAGAAGAGAUGGUCAUCAGUGGCUCCAACUUCUUCCCCGAGUCCAAGGUCAUCUUCCUGGAGAAAGGCCCUGAUGGACGACCUCAAUGGGAAGUUGAGGCAAAAAUAAUCCGUGAGAAAACUCAAGGCUCGUGCAUUGUGGUGGAGGUCCCCCCCUACCACAGCAAGACCGUGAGCUCAGCGGUGCAGGUGCAGUUUUACGUCUGCAACGGCAAGAGGAAAAGGAGCCAAUCACAGCGCUUCACGUACCUUUCAGUCAUGGUUAAACAGGAGCACAGAGAAGAGCUGGACCUUCCUGCCGGACCCCCUAUUUCCAUGCCCCUGGCACAUGCUGCCGGUCUGGUGCGCACCCAGCUGCCUUCUCCUGAGCAGGGCCACCCAUCGGAGAACCUUCUGUCCAGCUCCCCUCACGGCCUGGCCGCGGGCUCCGGACCUGGCCUGCUACCCCUGCAGGCUCCCUGCUCCUCCCUGGGCUCCCCGUCUUUCCAGCACCUGCCUCACCUCCAGGGCCACAGUUUGCACCACCCCCCUGCUGACUGCCACAUGACGUUCCACCCGAGCCCGGCUCCUGCUCCUCUCUCCGCUCCUCCCAGGCCCUCCUACCAGCCCAUGCAGCACAGCCACGGCCACGGUCACAGCCUGCCCUUCAACGGCCAGCCGAGCCUCUCUCCUCAGGGCUAUGAGAGGAUGCCCUUUCAGCAGAGCCCGAGUUCAGCGUCGCAUCCGAUGGGCAUGGGGAUGGUGUACCCCUCCUCGCCUUGCUCCUCACCAUCAGCACCCUCCUCCUCAGCCACCAACCCCAUUUGUGGAUCCCCCCAGAGCCAACAGCCUCUGCUCACCCCGUCAUCCCCACACAUGCACGCACUCGGAGGCUAUCAUUGCUCCCCGAACCACACCCAGGGGCCCCCUCCAGUAAGUGGGCACCCGCUCACUGGGCCACACUCCUCACAGCUGCAGAGGGCCAUGAGCUACCACCCAGUAGGUCAAAGGUCAUCUUCUUGUCCCACACCGUCCAGUGCGCCUCCUCCGCGGAUGAUCCCCUCUCCCCACUCCGGUCCUUCCUCUCCUCAGCUCCACUCGCUGCCCUACCAGUCCCCCACCUCAUCUUCCCCCACUUCCGGUGGCAGCCCUCUGGGAGCUCUGCAACAGCAGCAUUCAGGACAACCUUCUCCCCAGGCCACAAGCCCAGUCAUGACCAGCCUGUCCCCAGUAGCAGUGGGAACUCUGGUUCAUCCUCUGAGCCCUCAGGGGCCCUUCCCCUCAGACGGGGAGAGGCUGAACAUUAAGCAGGAGCCAGAAGACAGGGAGCCCACCUUCCGCUCGAUCGGCCUGCAGGACAUCACACUGGAUGAUGUUAACGAGAUCAUCGGCAGAGACAUGUCCCAGUCCCCCAGCACCCACGGUCCUCCGUCCUCACUCAACCAGUCGUAGGUGGGACGCAGCCUCGUGGGCUCGCGCUCCGUCACCCCCCCGGCUCUGAACCCUGAAGACCCCACAGCUCUACGAUGGAGCCAGCUCCUACAGAGAACAGACAGAGAAUCUGCCGAAACCUCUCGGGACGUCCAAGACACUGAUUUCAUUUACGCCGUUUCUCCCGUUUCGGAGACGUAGACGCAGAACUCCCGCGCAUUCAUAACAGAAAUGGGAGCGGGAGUGCAAACCGUAGCCACGUCCACGUUAGAGCGACGGCGACGACGCAGAGCCUUCAAAGCGCCGCUGUCUUCCCGACCAAUCAGCUCUGUGAGUCUGGAGUCCCACCUUUCCUUCGUCAGGGAGCGGAGCGGAGCGCGUGGUCGUCGCCCUCUCACCAGCAUCGACCCUCAUGAAUGAAUCCGUCUCGUCACUCGUAGUAAUAAGCGACACCCAGGGGUGCGCAGUGUUGUCACGGGGGAGCCAGAGCUGGCUUUCUGUUCAGGAGGCUGUUUCUCAGGCACCGUUGUUUUAAAAAAAAAAAAAAAAAAAAAAAAAAAAACACAAACUCCCAGAAUGCUCCUUAACAUUGCGAGUUAGCUUGAGUCGACAUCAGCAACAGUGUGACUGAAAAACAUUUCAACUAUUAGCCAUGAAGUUUAAUUACGGCGCUCAGACCAUCGCGGUGGCCGUCACCAGUAAAAGAAAAAGAGAACCUGUCACUUUCACGUCGUCUCGUUGAACUUUUCUGUCCGGCUACGCCACUUCAGCGUCCACGCACUCUUGUUGUUCGUCCCUUUUAAACGAUAAAAGCAGCUCUGGUCUCGGAUCUGCAACAUUCCACAACUUUUAGUUCGUGUCCUUGCAGCCGUGUAGAUAACUGUACAUUAAUCCUCACCUCCCCUUCCCUCUCUCUCUCUCUCUCUCUCUCUCCCGCGUUUCUUCUUCAAGUUGAACAAAUGCCUUAUUAACUUUUAGCAGCUUUGAAUGGUAGCGAAAGCUUUUUGUUGUUGUUGUUGUUUUGCACAGCAGGCUUUAAGUUUGACAAUGACGCUUUUUUGAAACAGAUCUGCAAGUCGGGUCAAGCGGACGCGGUCUGAUGAGGACGCCCGUCGGUUCUGUGCGACAGAGAAGUGUUUCUAUUGGUCCACGGAGACAGAGCCGUCUGCCUCGGAAAUUUUCAUUCUUGCAAUAACUCCCCCAAUCUCCCAGGGGCCUUCGUGUGCCUUCUAUUUCCCAGCAGCCACCACGCCUCUAACGGCGUGACAGCCUAGGCAACAUGCAACGGGAAAUGAUCUGACAAAGUAUUUUAUACGUAAAAAAAAAAAAAAAGAAACAGUGUCUAUGUAUUGAAUUCAUGUAUUGUGUCCCUUAAACAAGGCAAAAUCCCAAAGUCCAGAUUUCACGAUCGCAGACUUCUCCAGAGCGGUUCCCGGAACUGCACCUCCUCCUCCUCACGACGCCGCACUCGGUCGCGUUCCCGUCCUGACAGAUGUGCAGCAAUAACACGCGUCUCCGGACGUGACGCGGACGCAAACAGAUUCUGAUUUGAAGAUUCCCGUUGGCUUUUUUCCGCCUUAAGCUUGACAACGAUGCUCCUGCGCUUGAGAGGAUUGUUGCGGUUUUGAAGUCAGAUUCCAGGUGAAAAUUAUUCUGCUAUGCAUUCGAAUUCUAAUGCCUGAUGCCUUUAAAAGAGAAAAACACACACAAAAAAAAAAAAAAAAAAAGACCUCGAUGCCUGUAGAAGUAGAGAGUAGACCUGUUGUUAGAGGCUUGAUUGACUCUGAUCUGAGCAUCCUGGAUUUGUCCGUCAGCUUUGUAGAGGACACGGUGGAGCAUCUUCUACGGUUCAGUUGUGUCUGUGUGUGUCUGUGCGUGUGUGUGUAUGAAUGGUUGGUGAUCGUACCAAAUAUGCUGUACAGAAUACAGGAAGUUUAUUCUCGACAACAGGAGUACACACGUAUUUAGGCUAUGCAACAAUAACAGCAGCAAAUCUGAGAUAGGAAUUAUGAGAUUAUAAAGUACUUGUAGAGUCGCUUAUGAACUCCACAGGAAAAGCAAAGCUGAUAGUGAGAGUAUCGUGUCAUUAUGUAAACUAUUAGGAUGCCUUAACUCUUGUUUGAAAACCAGUUUGUCAGUGUGUCUGUAUGUAUGCUGUUCUCGGGUGAUUAUUACCCCCCAUGACUAUGACGUGAGUCAGUAACUAUUAUUAUUAUUAUUAUUAUUAUUACUUCUGUUGGAUUUUUAGGGGCACAGGGUGGACCGCGAGGGAUGGGUGGGAGAAGGGAGAUGGCUAUUUGAAAAAGAAAAAAAAGGAAAAACCAAACAAAACCAGCAUUGACAGUAAACUCUGGCUGCCGUCUUCUUCUGUCACAACCAAAGACCGAACAAUAUGUUCCCAUUUUACAUAAUAGUAAAGCAACAGAGACUGUACAACUCUAUUUUUGAUACUUUGAAAUGGAUGUCAUUCCUAAAAGGUUGGGGACAUGAGUGUCUACAUAUACGUCUAUCUGUAUAUAAUCUAUAUAUAUAGAUAGAUUUAUAUAUGUGUGUAUAUAUACAUAUAUAUAUACAUACAUAUAUAGAUAUAUAUGAAAUUGUUUUGUAAAAUAAAAGGGAAAUACAGGUUUAGCUGAUGUUUACCAAGCCUUGUAUUGUCAUUUCUUGUAUAUUUUGUAUGUUUCAAAUUUUGUAAUUUUUAAGACUGCAGUGCUUUUUGAAAUUAUUCAAAGGGAAUAAUACCUUGCAUCAUACUGUAGGCUCUGAAGUAGUGUAUGUCAAUAAAACAGAAAACUCA